UUGCUAAAGUUGUGGUUUCAAUCAUAGUUUUAUGGUUUCUUCCUUUUAGAACAAGGAACUUGUCAACACUUUGUUUAAGAGUGUCACCAUGACAAGAGUACAGCAGUUUAACAGGAACUGACCAUAGAAGAAACUACACCUCUUUGGUUGAGUGAAGAAACAUAAAACAUCACUUGUCGUUACCUCAUGAGGUUCAUUGUUGAGAAGAAAGCAGCAGUGAACGUUGUUAGCAUCAAACUGAUUUACAUCUUAAGGACCAGGAUGAUGAAUCUUCACCUCACUUUAACGCUCGUCGGUGUUCUUAGAGCUUCUCUGCUGGCUGAUGGCGCUAACAUACGACUCACUAGUGGCUACAACUCCUGCUCUGGUAGAGUGGAGAUCCUGCAUAAUGGUCAGUGGGGAACAGUGUGUGAUGACGACUGGGACCUGAAUGAUGCAGAGGUGGUGUGUAGACAGAUUGGAUGUGGUAAAGCUGUGACUGCUCAUCCCAGUGCCCACUUUGGUCAGGGAAGUGGUGAAAUAUGGCUGAAUGAUGUUCAAUGUUCUGGAAAUGAAAGCACCAUCACACAGUGCUCUCACAGAGGAUUUAGAAAACACAUCUGUAGCCAUCGUGAAGAUGCUGGUGUUACUUGCUCAGAUAACGUACGACUCGCUGGUGGCAGUCACCGCUGCUAUGGUAGAGUGGAGAUCCGGCAUAAUGACCAGUGGGGAACAGUGUGUGAUGACCUCUGGGACCCGAAUGCUGCAGAUGUAGUUUGUAGACAGAUUGGAUGUGGUAAAGCUGUCACUGCUCAUCAGGAUGCCCACUUUGGUAAGGGAAGUGGUGAAAUAUGGCUGGAUAAUGUUCACUGUUUUGGAAAUGAAAGCACCAUCACACAGUGCACUCAUAGAGGAUUUGGAGUAAACGACUGUGACCAUGGUGAAGAUGCUGGUGUUAUUUGCUCAGCAUUUCUAGCUCCCUACAUUGGUAUUGGAGUAACAGCAGGACUGCUUCUCAUCUUAGUUCCAGUCAUCAUUUGCUUUGUGAAGACACAGAAAAUACGAAGGUUUCAGAGUGAUAAGAAGAGUGAUUCUCAGCGUGCUAAAAAGACAUAUGAGUGCCACCAAGAAGAGGCAGAAACCAUUUUCUACCAGAAGGAUGAUUCUGAGGACUCGGAUAAUGACUACAUUAAUGUAGAGGCUGAAGAAAGAAGUGAUGCAGAUGAUGACUAUAUUAACGUUGAUGCUGAGGAACAAAGACAUGAUUCUGAGGACUCGGAUAAUGACUACAUUAAUGUAGAGGCUGAACAAAGAAGUGCUACAGAUGAUGACUAUAUUAACGUUGAUGCUGAGGAACAAAGACAUGAUGUGGACAAUUACUAUGAGGAUGCAGAAAUGUAUGCAAUCUCUGUAGAGUAAUGUGGAAAACUAAAUGAUUAUCCAAUGAUGCAGGUACAGACACAAAUGCAGGCAGCAAACAAAACAGAAACUAAUCCAGAGUGGCAAAUUGAAAGGUGCUAAAUUGGUAGACUUGUAGCCAGACUUAGGUAGACUCUGUAUUAUAUGCAAAAGGUGCUGCAUCAAUGUUUUAGUUAAUGGGUGUGUAAGGGAAUUGCACUUAUGCAAGCAAGUUAUUGUAAGUUUCCUUUCAUUCUUGUUUCCCUAAAACAUUUCUUUCCUCAAUUCAGUCUUGUUAGUUACUAUAUCACAUAAAAGGAGGAAAAGAUGUGGUCUGUUAUCCUUUUUUUAAAGUCACAGUUUAUUUUGAAAGCACUUUUUUUUUAAAACAACAAGUGUUUGUCAGGGGGGGCAUGGUGGGUUAGUGGUUAGCACGUUCGCCUCCCACCUCCAGGGUCGGGGUUCGAUUCCCGCCUCCGCCUUGUGUGUGUGG